UGAUGGAAAAAAAGUAAGCCAAUCCACACUGCGGUCAACGGUCAAUUCCCCCUUCCUCUCUCUCUCCUCAAAACUCUCCCCCUCUCUCUCUAUACUUUCCCUAUUCCCAAUCCCAUUAUCUCACUCCCCCAAAAUGGCUUCCGGGUCGGAUCUCUUCGACCUCCUACCCGACCCGAUCCUUCUCCUCAUCCUCAACCGCGUCUCCGACGUCAAGACCCUCCUCCGCUGCCGCUCCGUCUCCCGCCGCCUCUCCUCCCUCGUCCCCCUUUCCGACUCCCUCCUCCUCCGCGUGGACCGCGUCAUCCCCGCCUCCCACGAUCCCGCCGCCUCCCUCCUCUCCUCGCUCCUCAAAUCCCUCCUCCACCUCAUCUCCCCCUCCCCUCCCAACUCCCCCUCCCGGAUCCUCCGCCGCUUCCACGCCAUCAAGACCCUCAAAAUCGACCUCCCCGCCGGCGACCUCCACCCCGCCAACGGCACCUCCAUCAAAUGGGUGGCGCGCUUCGGCCACACCCUCCGCAGCUGCGUCAUCCUCGCCUCCGGCACCGCCGGGAUGAAGACGCGCGUGGUGUGGACGAUCAGCGCCCUCAUCGCCGCCUCCGCGCGGCAUCACAUGGCGGCUGACGUCGUCGACGAGCAGCGCCUCCUCUCGCACCUCGUCGUCUCCGACCGUGAGGGCGAGGGCGCGAUGAUCAUGGAUAAGGACGGGCUGCGCGAGUUCCGGGAGCGGAUCGCGGCGGCGGCAGAGGAUUGGCGGCGGAGCGGGCGGACGACGGUCCCCGCCGUGGGGGUGCGGAUGCGGCACGAGCCCCGGCUGGAGCUGUCUUCCGGGGUGGUGGUAGAGGGGGCCACAUUGGUGGUGGUGAGACCCGUGGAGGAGGGCCCGCGGCCGUGCGAGGCCGAGGAGGCCCACGGGGACGAGGCGCUCGCCGCCGAGGCGUUCGGCGGCGGGGUUUACGCCGAGCACGUGGAGAAGCUGCUCAAGAGCAGGGCUUACAUUCUUGAAAUGGACUCCUUUUGAUCAUACGAUAAAUCAUUUUGGAUUCAGAGGUAGUCAUCUUCACCUGGACAAAAAGAAUUUGUUUGUAAUUUUGUAUGUAUAGAAAAACGUUCGACAAAUUUCAAGUCUGUUGUAGCCAUGUCGGAAAAAGAAAAGGGUACAAGUAGUCCAAGUAUUUUUGUUCUAACUACUAAAAUCUUUGAGCAUUUAAUCAAUUGGCGUCAAUUAUUAAAUUA